CCAUCGAUGUUUUCGGCUUUCGCGAGCACCGCCUGGCUCUCUUUGCCUCGGCUUGAUGAGCGCAGCCUGGCGCCGCGGCUGCCGAGCUGUCGCUUCUGGGUCAGGCCGGUUUAUGUGCUGUGAGCGGCCCGGGCUGUGGGUUGGCGGCUCCAUCUUUGCUGGCGCCGGAGUCACUGCGGAGCAGCAACAGCGGCAGCGUUAGGCAUUCGCGGCGGCGGUGGCUGCUGAACUUUGCUCCCCAUCACCCGCAUCGUGGAGCGUAGGCGCCGCGGGCAGUCGCCAUGAGCGCCGAGGAUGAGAUCAUUCGCAUCGCGAAGAAGAUGGACAAGAUGGUGCAGAAAAAGAACGCGGUGCAAGUUGGCAGAGGUAAUUUUGCACAUAUGGAUUUUCAAAAAUCGAGAACAGUUGAGUAAGAUUAGAGAAAAAAGGCUGGGGCUCUUGACUUACUCAAAGAACUUAAGAAUAUGCCCAUGACUCUGGAGUUAUUACAGUCUACAAGAAUUGGAAUGUCAGUGAAUGCAAUACGCAAGCAAAGCACAGAUGAAGAAGUUACAUCCUUAGCAAAAUCUCUCAUUAAGUCAUGGAAGAAGUUAUUAGAUGGACCAGCAAAUGAUAAGGAUUCUGAAGAAAAGAAAAAAGAAGCAGCUUCUUCAUCACAAAACAGUCCUGAAGCAAGAGAAGAAAGCAGUUGCAGCAGCAACUCAAGCAGUAAGAAAGAAGAAGCUAAUGCUUCCUCAGAAUCAUUUAUUACCUCCUUUCCUCGAGCUCCAAGCACAUCAGAUUCUGUACGGAUGAAAUGCCGAGAAAUGUUAGCGGCGGCUCUCAAAACAGGAGAUGAUUAUAUUGCUAUUGGUGCUGAUGAGGAAGAGCUGGGUUCUCAGAUUGAAGAAGCUAUAUUUCAAGAACUAAAAAAUACAGACAUGAAAUACAAAAAUAGGGUACGCAGCAGGAUAGCAAAUCUUAAGGACACUAAGAAUCCUAAUCUAAGGAAAAAUGUUCUAUGUGGGAAUAUACCUCCUGACAGGUUUGCUAAAAUGACAGCAGAGGAGAUGGCAAGUGAUGAACUGAAAGAGAUGAGAAAAAAUCUUACCAAAGAAGCCAUAAGAGAGCAUCAAAUGGCUAAAACAGGAGGAACUCCGACCGAUCUCUUUACAUGUGGCAAAUGUAAAAAGAAGAAUUGUACUUACACCCAGGUUCAAACUCGAAGUGCUGAUGAACCUAUGACAACAUUUGUUGUGUGUAAUGAAUGUGGAAACAGAUGGAAGUUCUGCUAGAAGAUGAAAUUCUUGAAAUCUGGACCAGUAUGAAAGAGGAUUUUAUAAUUAGCUUUAAGAACUAGGUCAAGCAUUUAGAUUCCUGCAAAAGUUUUUCGCUUUCCUUUUCCUUUCAUGCAGACAUCUCUGAAGUUAAAUUUUGGAUUUUGACACAGCCAUCCUGUAGUUAAUAGUCUGUAGAGCCAGGAAGCUCAAUUGUAUGGUGUAAUUUCGAUACCCUCGCCCCCACCCCAUUUUUAUAAGCAAGUCUACAUUAAACUUUUAUCAAUGACAUUUGGGUAACUGCUUUUUUCUUAACUUCGUGAACAAAGAGUUGUAUAUCUCUGCAUUUGGCAUAUCCAGCUGAUUUUUUCCCCCUUGUAUAAUAAAAUUCAUAUUUAAUAGUACAUUCCUUUUUAACCAUUUUGGUGUGUUAGAUCAAAUAGUUUUGCUUUAUACUCUCAUAAUAAACUAUAAUUUGUGUGGGUGACUAGACUGCAUAAACCAUUUUUUCAGUGGCCCUCAAUUCUUCAUUUAAAAAUCUGAUUAUUUGUAACACACACAUACCUCCUAUUAGAUAAUCAAACUUUUUAUGUUUUUGAAACUUGCAUUGCUCUAUCCAGUUUAAUGUGCAGUCUUGAAGCAUGUGCUUUAUUAUAUUGUAUUUAGUUCUAGAGAAAUUCCUUAAUGGUUGAUUUGAACUUACUGUUUAGUUUCAUUUUUAUAUUCUAUAAAUGAACAAAGAUGCUCUGUAGUAUGCUGCCUACCUGAAGAUGUAAAGCUAAUCUUUACAAAUUUAUAGUGGUAUUAGUUCUUGUGAACUCUUAAUGACCAGCUCUUUUUACAUGUAGAGUUGCUGAUUUCUUAGACCUGAGGUCAAAAAUAAAACUAUGGUUUUUCA